UGCUAGAGGCAACACCGGCCCAUCGGCCACAGUGGAGGGCAGCAGCUCCCCGUUCUGAGGUAGGCUAAAGUUUGAGUCGGCCAGAAGACCUGAGCGCGUGUGCCUGGAUUUGUGGUCUGUCUCGGUUAGGUGGGAGGCUGGUUAACAUGGAAGAUGAUGAGGUCUCAGAGAACUGGGAGGAAGCAGCGGACAGCGGUGAAAUUGAGAGGAGAUUGGAGGCUAAACUAAAAAUUAGCGAGAAAGCUAAGAAGUCUGCUGGUGGCUCAGGAGGUUCCCCAGUAAGAACAGCCAUGGUUAUCCAGGACGACUCGCUGCCUGCUGCCCCUCCACCUCAGAUUCGCAUUCUGAAGCGCCCAUCCAGCAACGGUUCAUUGGGCAACGCAGCCGCACUGGCUCGACCUGCCGUGCAGGUGAAGUCCCUGGCCCAGAGAGAAGCAGAGUACGCAGAGGCACGUCGGCGGAUUCUUGGUAGUGCCAGUUCUGAAGAGUCUACUUCAGACAAACCAAGCCCUGACAGGCCAGUGCGUGUCACUGCUCCAUCAACAGAACAGGUCAGACCGAACAGUCACGCAAUUCGCCAACCAACAGGUCCUGAUGGCUCACAAGGCUUUCGCCACUGUAGAUAGAGAGGUGAGGGGGAGAGAGGGCUCCAUCUCCUACCCAGAGGGAGUCAGUGGGUAUGCCCCAAUGGAACAGAAGUCUACACAGAUGGGCUGGUGUCAAACAAAAACACACAACACAAUAGUGACAUUUUCCAGAAUUGGAGAGAGCUGCAUGAAGAUGAAAUAUAGUGUUUGGGGAGGUCACACAAAGAUCCCCCCCUCCAUUCUCACCCCAACCUCCACUCCCUGCCACCAUGCUCCUGACACUGGCUUCGGGUGGACCCUCAGCACCCCCCACACUGGAACGUGGGGCCAUGAUGCUGUGCUGCUGAGGGUCAGGACUGUUGGCCACAGCCCACACUGUGACUCCCCCACGGCUUCCUCAGGACUCUGCUCACUGUGACUGCUCCCAGUGAGCAUCCUCCCAGCCCGGCAUUGGGCCCCGGUGUGCCUGGAAAAGCCAGGAGUGCACCAGCUUGGGCUGGAAGAGUGGCUGCGCUUUGACGCAGAACAGGUGGAGGCCCGACCACAGUCAGUGGACGGAGCCUCACCUGGCCCCGAGAAGGGACCAGCACAAGGGUAGGAGUGUAGUUUUCACUGUUGGUGUUAGCUCAAAUUAGCAAUAAUGCUGAAAAAAAAACAACAAAAAAAAAACACACAUGGGCCCAUCUCUCCCCUGGGUCACUCCUACCCAUGCUAAAAUAGCCUCCAUCUUUGAGUAUUUGGACUGUCUGUUUUUGUUAUUAUUCCUUUAUUUUUUAAAGCAGCUUAUAGAUUAGAAGUCACUGACCGUGUUGGAGUGGUGUUAGUAAGUAGGUGUACAACUUCUGUUUGUUUUAUGGUUUCACGGUUUGAUCAUACUGUCAAAUGCCUUUUUAAUUUUUGUCACAGUUGUUGUUUAAGACUAUUUCUGAAUUGUAGCUUGAUUUAGGUAUUUACAAGCUCUAAAUAGUAGUCAUAACAGUUACUGAAAAAGUGAGUGAGAGAUAGCAAAUGUUCAAACAUCUGUGCUGUUUAGCAGUUGGGUAGUGAAAUUCAUAAUAUGGAAUUUGGAGGCUUUAACAUUUUACUGUGGAUUUGGUUCAAAAUGGUACCAUUUUCCGUAAUUUACUUUAUUUUUGUACCCUGCCUUUCAUACAGCUCUUGCUUUGUUAAAAGGUAAUGUGUACAUUUAUGGGUACAUAUGGAACGUAUGAAAUGAACUAUGAGCAGAACUUGUACAUACAUGGUCACUCUGCUUAGAGCAAAGCGGUUUUAACAAUACUGGUUUGUGUCAUGAAAUAGAAAGGCCUUAACCAGCUGUUCUGAUGCAUGCAUCAGAUUGUGGCUGUUUGUUCCUGAAGUGUUAAAGCAUCUCUAGAUUCUGGGAUUGUUUCCCUCACUCCCCACUGCGACACUAGUCACCCCAUCUUCCACCCAAUAUAGGAGUCCUCAGGAAAAAGAGUUGCGUCAUCUGGAUCCUUUCCAGCGGCAAACAGAUCUGUCUGGGUAUUCACCCACAACUUAUGUGAUCAUAUCUUAUGUCUUGUGGAGAACACAAAACUAAAAGCCUGUAACAUUUCUGAAGAAUCCCUUUAAUAAAAUCUUUGGCAAAGUACGUAUGUCUGAUUAAACCGAUUGGAUUAUGAAUGUCACUAAUGUUGUGUUUACUUUUUUCUUAAAUCCUAUAAUAAAAUGUAUGACUACAUUACAAAUAAAAAUGUCUUCAAAAGUA